AUGGACCCGGUGACCCCGGGCAGCAGUACCAGCUCCUUGCCACUGCUCCUGGCCCUGGCCCUGGGUCUAAUCAUCCUCCAUUGUGUGGUGGCAGAUGAAAAUUCAACUAGAAGUCCAGGAACAAAUGGUCCCUUUUGUGGAGAUCUUGGGGAAAACUGUGCAGCGACCACCACACAAUCCAGGCGGAAAGGCCACUUCUCUCGCUGUCCCAAGCAAUACAAGCAUUAUUGCAUCAAAGGGAGAUGUCGUUUCGUUGUGGCAGAGCAGACACCCUCCUGCAUCUGUGAUGGAGGUUACACAGGAGCAAGGUGUGAACGUGUGGACCUGUUUUAUCUAAGAGGAGACAGAGGGCAGAUUCUGGUGAUUUGUUUGAUCGCAGUUAUGGUUAUUUUCAUCAUUUUGGUCAUUGGUGUCUGCACAUGCUGCCAUCCUCUUCAGAAGCAUCAUAGGAAAAGGAAGAAGGAAAAAGAAAUGGAAACGCUGGGCAAACAUUUAACCCCUACAAAUGAAGACAUUCAAGAGACACAUAUUGCCUAAUGACUAUUAAGGUACCUCCAGACUGGCGGGGAGUUACAAAGUGUGAGUUACUCAUUUGAAAAUGGACAGAACAUGCCUCAGGAAAACAGCUAGUUGAAAUGAACUUUAAAUAUGUAUUUUACUUUUGUAUUUUUAUUUGUAAUAUUAGUUUGUGUUGUUUGUUAUUAUUUUUAAUAAUAAUUUUAUUAUAGUCUAGUAAAAAGUACAUGUGUAGGUAGCAGUAAUAAGAAGGGACAUUGCUACAGAUUUCCUCUGAAAUUGUAUCACCAGGAUUACAUAUAAAAUUUAAAAAGUGGGCAGGGAUUUAGAGCUUAAGGAUUGAAUCAAUAAUAAAGCUACCAUGUUCACAUACUUACUAUAUGUUUAACUUGAAAUAUAGUAUUUCCUUUAAUCUCUGUUUCCCACACAGGAAAGAAUCCAAAGAAUUUAGGCAUUCUAACCUGGAUUUGGUGAGUUAGGAAUUGGUAGGGCCAAGAUUUGCCCAAAUUAAAAAAUGGUGCUCAUUCUUAUUAGCUUCUGUUUGUGGAUCUUAGCUCAGUAAUAAAAUCUGAGGUUUUCUACAGAACUGUGUUUUGCUAUGAUUCUGAGAGGUGCAGGACAUUUUUCUGCAGAAACACAGAAGACAGAGACCCUGUCAGGUUUGCUGAUCAUAUCGUGUGUUGUAUGGAGUUGACUUUUAUUGUUUCUUUGUUCCCUCUUGAAGUCUCAAUGAUAUGAGUAAUAUCUUACAGUACUAGCACAAACAGAUUUUUACCCCAGUGCUUGGUUAAUGAACAAAGACAGAAAAGUAAAUGCUUGACAUUCUUCACACCCUGAGUAAGUAUUUAUGCUCAAUAAAAUAUAAAUAAUGGCCCGGGAACAGGCUGUGAAAGGCAGUGACAGCACUGUAGACCUCAGGCAAGCAGUGGUUAUGACCUUACCUUCAUUCAUUUGAUCUUAAAGCAACAGCAGCAGAUCUGGUUCUCUCAGGUUGAUUUUGGUACCGCAAACUCAGGAUCAUCCUAUCUGUUACUUGAACCAUUUUAUCAACUACUCCAUCAGCUAUACAGUGUGUUUAGUAAGGACUGCAUUAAACUGAAAAUCUACAUUUAGCCAACAUUUCACAGAAUAUGGAAUUUUUUAACCUGAAUUACGAGACUCACUUACAAAACGAAGUGACUGCACAUCGUGUCUGCCAGCCAAGAAGCUUCUUUUUCAAAAUAUCUGUAAAUUCUUCUUUACAAUGAAGAGUCCAUAGUCACAUUGAAAUAGGAAAUUCAGACAGAAAAUGAGAUUGUUGUAGCUUCUUCUAGCAUAUGUAAUAUCGAGUGAAACUGGGUUGGGAGGAAGUGUCUAAUAGUAAAAAUUUUGCUUACCUGUCAAUUAAGAGACAAGUUAAAAAUCUGACAGUUUUCCAAAUAAAAUUUUUCAGACUUGAUGUUCAUUUAUUAAGGAUCUCUGUAUAACAAGACUAUAAAUAAAUUAUUCA